GCAAUUUGUGUCCUCAUGGCAAUGGCGCUUCAUCACUUGUUUGUUGUUUCAGCAGUCUUUCUACUAUUCGUUGGUGGGGUCUCGUCUGAAGCUGAGGAGAAUAACAGCAGGUUUUCGAACAUUGCAUCUGCCACACCAGCGAAGCCCACAUAUGCCCCAAACCCCUCUCCGGCACCGGCACCUGCCCCGGCCCCAUUGUUGCCCCCGGUGGACAUUAAAGAGUGCCCCAGCUUGUGUGAAGGGAGAUGCCUGUUGCAUUCGAGACCGAACCACUGCAAGAGGGUGUGCAAGACGUGCUGCGAGCGGUGCAGGUGCGUCCCGCCCGGUACUGCUGGUAAUAAAAAGAUGUGCGGCAAGUGCUACACCGAUAUGACCACCCAUGGCAACAAACUCAAGUGCCCCUAAGCUCUCUCUCUCGUUUUGUUUGCCCUGAAUGUGUUUGGUAUUGUCUGUUUCCUGUGGGAAGUCUAAGAGAAUCAAUAACGUAAAAAUUUUGGCCAGAGAUCUUAUCUAUU